AUGGUAGACAUGAAUGAGGAUGGGAGAAAGUUUAACUUAAAUGAAAUGCACCAGUUUGGGGAUGUGGUUCUAGGUGGGCUUUUUGAGGUCCAUUACACCUCUGUCUUCCCCAAACUGACUUUUACAUCAGAGCCACAGCAGCCCGUCUGCAAAGGCUUUGACACUUUAGGCUUCAGGCAUGCAAUGACCAUGGCUUUUGCUGUCGAUGAGAUCAACAAGAAUUCCAAAAUUCUUCCAAACUUGACCCUGGGAUACAGCCUCUAUGAUAACUGUGGGGCACUUGCUAUUGGAUUGAGUGGUGCCUUAUCUCUAGCCAGCGGCCAAGAGGAACAGUUUCUGCUUAAGGAGAACUGCUCUGGAAGCCCUCCUGUAGUGGGGAUUGUUGGUGAUCAUUAUUCAACUUUUUCUAUUGCCUCUGCCAAUGUUCUAGGUUUAUACAAGAUGCCUAUUGUGAGUUAUUUUGCCACAUGUUCCUGUCUUAGUGAUCGGCAGCGUUUUGCCACCUUCUUUAGAACAAUCCCAAGUGAUGCUUUCCAGGUUCGUGCCAUGAUUCAAAUUCUAAAAUAUUUUGGUUGGACAUGGUUUGGCUUGUUGGUGACUGAUGAUGACUAUGGACUUCAUGUGGCUCAGUCCUUUCAGUCUGACCUGGCUGAAUCUGGCAAAAGUUGCCUGGCCUAUCUUGAGGUUUUGCCUUGGGACAGUAACCCAAAUGAGCUCAGGAGGAUUGUAAACUUCAUAAAGACAUCAACAGCUCGUGUUGUCAUUGUUUUUGCACAUGAAAUUCACAUGAUACAACUAAUGAAAGAGGUGGCACAGCAGAAUGUAACCGGUCGGCAAUGGAUUGCCAGUGAAGCCUGGACAACAGCAUCCGUUCUCCAGACACGAGAACUCGCACCAUACCUAAGAGGUACGCUGGGCAUUGCAAUACGGCGUGGAGAAAUACCAGGGCUUAAGGACUUUUUGUUAAAGAUACGCCCUGACACAAAUGACAACAAUGGAAAUAACUUGGUGAAGCAGUUCUGGGAGCACACAUUUAAGUGCAAAUUCAAGCCCUCUGAUUGGAAUGACAAGGAAACUGCAUGCACUGGUAAUGAAAACAUUGAACUGGCAGAGACAGAGUUUUUGGAUGUUUCAAACCUCAGACCUGACUACAAUGUUUACAAGGCUGUCUAUGCUCUGGCUUAUGCCCUUGAUGACAUGCUGCAGUGCGAGCCAGGAAAAGGACCUUUUAAUGGACAUAGUUGUGCCAGUUUAGAGGCUGUGGAGCCGUGGCAGGUUUUACAUUACUUGCAAAAAGUCAACUUUUCUACUAACUUUGGGGAUCAAGUGUCUUUUGACGAGAACGGUGAUGCCCUACCAAUAUAUGAUGUCAUGAAUUGGCAACAACUGCCUGAUGGCAAAACAAGAACUCAAAAUGUUGGUGAAGUAAAAAAGUCAAUCUCUGGGGGGGAAGAACUCACAUUGGACGAGAACAACAUCUUCUGGAACACUGAUUCAAAUAAGCCAAUGCGAUCAGUUUGCAGUGAAAGUUGCCCUCCAGGAACUCGUAUGGCCAGAGAAAAGAAUCAACCUGAAUGCUGUUUCACCUGUGUAUCCUGCUCAGGGGGAAAGAUUAGUAAUAAGACCAACUCCUUGGAGUGCUUCAGCUGUCCAGAGGAUUUUUGGUCCAGCCCACAUCAUGACCACUGCAUUCCUAAGAAAACAGAGUUCCUGUCCUAUCAAGAACCUCUUGGUAUUUGUUUAACAACCACCUCAUUGCUGGGCACAUUUAUCUGUGCUGUUGUUUUGGGGAUCUUCAUCUAUCACCGCAGAACACCUAUAGUAAGUUACUUUGCCACGUGCUCCUGUCUAAGUGAUCGUCAGAGGUUUCCAUCCUUCUUUAGAACAAUUCCAAGUGAUGCUUUCCAGGUUGUUAGACAGAACCUGACUGGACUUCAGUGGUUGGCAAGUGAAGCCUGGUCUACAGCUGCAGUGCUUCAGACCCCUCGCCUUAUGCCUUAUCUUGGUGGCACAUUGGGCAUUGCUAUUCGUCAAGGAGAGAUACCAGGCCUCAAGGACUUCCUGUUACAAAUAAAGCCUAAUACACAACAAAACAACACCAAUGGAAAUAGCAUUGUAAACCAGUUUUGGGAAUUCACAUUUCAGUGUAGAUUUGAACCACUUCCAACAGGCUGGCUUGAGAACGGGGGGAAAAUUUGCACUGGAGAGGAAGAUUUAAGAGCUGUAGAAACUGAGUUCUUCGAAGUUUCUAACCUCCGGCCAGAAUACAAUGUUUACAAAGCUGUGUAUUCAUUGGCAUAUGCCCUUCAUGAUUUGCUGCAGUGUGAGCCAGGAAGUGGGCCUUUUAAAGAUGGUAGCUGUGCCACUUUGGAAACACUUCAACCAUGGCAGCUUUUACAUUAUCUGAAUAAGGUUAAUUUCAACACUUCAUUUGGUGAUCAAGUGUCAUUUGAUGAGAAUGGUGAUGCUCUCCCUAUCUAUGAUGUCAUGAACUGGCAUUGGGUCCCUGAUGGAGGAUGUAAAGCUCAAAAUGUGGGCGAGGUUAAAAUAUCAGAAUUCAAUGGUGAACAACUUUCCCUGAAUGAAAACAAGAUCUUCUGGAAUUUUGAAUCCAAACAGCCACCCCGGUCAGUUUGCAGUGACAACUGUCCUCCAGGUACACGUGUGGUGAGAAAGAAGGGGGAACCUCAGUGCUGUUUUGACUGCAUCCCCUGCUCUGAAGGAAAAGUCAAUAAUCAGACGAAUUCACUGGAGUGUUUCGACUGUCCAGAGGAUUUCUGGUCCAGCCCCCAGCGAGAUCACUGUGUACCUAAGAAAACAGAGUUCCUCUCCUACCAGGAACCUUUAGGAAUCUGUUUGACAGCAGCCUCAUUGCUGGGCACAUUUAUCUGUGCUGUUGUUCUAGGGAUCUUCUUCUACCAUCGUGGAACACCUAUAGUACGGGCCAACAAUUCAGAACUCAGUUUUAAAUUAUUGUUGUCACUAAAACUGUGCUUCCUGUGUUCCCUGCUGUUUAUUGGACAACCUAGAUUGUGGACAUGUCAGCUGAGACAUGCAGCAUUUGGGAUUAGCUUUGUACUUUGUGUCUCAUGCAUCCUGGUUAAAACAAUGGUGGUUCUGGCUGUUUUUAAAGCCUCCAAGCCAGGAGGUGGAGCCAGUCUCAAGUGGUUUGGUGUUUCCCAGCAGAGAGGAACAGUUUUUGUUCUGACCUCUGUUCAGGCAGCAAUCUGCACUGCUUGGCUUGUCACCCACUCACCAUCUCCACAUAAAAAUACUCAGUACCACAACGACAAGAUUGUUUAUGAAUGUGUUGUUGGCUCAACUAUUGGUUUUUCAGUGUUACUUGGUUAUAUUGGGUUACUGGCCACCCUCAGUUUUCUGAUAGCAUUUCUGGCAAGGAAUCUUCCUGACAACUUCAAUGAAGCCAAAUUCAUCACUUUCAGCAUGUUAAUUUUUUGUGCAGUGUGGGUGACCUUCAUACCUGCUUAUAUCAGCUCACCAGGUAAGCAUGCAGAUGCAGUAGAGGUGUUUGCAAUCCUUGCCUCUAGUUUUGGCCUUUUGACGGCCCUUUUUGGACCCAAAUGUUACAUAAUUUUGCUGAGACCAGAAAGAAAUACAAAGAAAGCUAUUAUGGGGCGAAGUACCACUGGUACAACUGAAAGCUAAAAAGUGCUGGACAAGUGAACUGCAUAGAAACUCUACACAAAUUUUAUUCCUUUAGAAUUUUAAAACUAUUGACAUAUGUUUGUUAAACUAUCUAAAAUAGACAAACCUGAACUUCAUCUUAAAUGCAUUGUGAAUGGUUUUCUAAAACAAAAAUCUUGAAAUGAAGCUUAAGAAAGCUUAAGAGAAAAUUAAAUCUAUCAGCUUCACCUAAACCACCUGUGAUGUCCCUCUUCAAGCUUAAGCCAAUCAUCUCUUGGCCAAACCCCCUCUGAAGCAAGUCAUGUUUAAGAUUCCCUUCAUUUAGCUCCUGACAUCUCUCUCCCACAUGUAAACUUUAAUCCACCUCCACCCCAUCUCCUCCCUCACUCUCAGACUAUUCUUAAUCCCACUCACCUUCUGGUUUAUUCAACCCCAAACAACUUUUCCUGGGUUACUUAUUUGAGCAAAUUUUGAUUCACAGCAUCAGUCUUCUGCCGGGGCCCAAACACCAAAGAAUUUAUUUUCUUUAUGUCAAUCUCUGCAUAUCUCCUUCCAUCUCCUUGAACCUAAGUUGGCCUCGGCAGAAGGACCCUCACACUGAGCCUGGUUCUGUUGGAGGUUUCUUCCUGUUAAAAAUGAGCUUUCCUCUCCAUGUCGUUACAUGCAUGCUCGGUUUGAGG